UUGUGUUAUUGCGGAGUGUUAUCGACGUACUAAUUGUUUACUAAGAAUCAAGGGCCGUCACGGCGUUAUCUACACGUGCGCAGCCGCUGGCGGCUCCCGGCCGUAUGGUGCAGUAUAAUGGAGUUGAAUAAUAAUAUUCUAGUCACGGAGAAUGUAAACCUUGUUGAAGAGUGCACUAUUAGAAACGAUAAUAUUAUUAUGGAUACGGAAUUAUUACAUUCCGAUGCUGAAUUAACAUGUAUGGAUGAUGAGGAUAGUAGAAGGGCAAAUAAGCGUUUGCGGUCGUCAGACUCAACAAAUGAAUGGACAACCGUUGAUAGGCAAGUAAAAAGAGUACAGACUAGAAAAACAAGAUCUCAAACUAAUCUUCAAGAUGAUAUUAUAGAAAUUUGUAUAUAUUCCAAAGAAAUAUUACCUAAACAAUUUCAGAUGGCUAAGUUAUUGAAAAAAGAAAAUAUAAUGAAUAUCACUCGAGUUAAAUACAUUAACCCUUACAAGGUUCUAAUUCAAUUUAGUAAAGAAGACAGCGCGAAUAAACUUAUUGAUUGCACGACCUUUUUAGAAAGUGGGUGGAGAAUUCAAAAGACAUAUGAAGUAGGAUUAUCAUAUGGUAUCAUUAGGAAUGUUGAAAUUGAGUUGUCAGAAGAUGAGAUUAAACAGAAUAUAAAGACUGAAAAUGAGUUAGUAUCAGUUAAAAGGCUUAUGCGGAGAAAUGAUAGUGGAACGGGCUGGAUUGAUAGUGAAACAGUUCGUUUAGGAUUUAAAGGUACAUUUCUUCCUCAGCACGUAUAUGUGUAUGACAUAAGAGUUAAGAUAGAACCCUAUAAAUUUUUUGUUACUCAAUGUUCUAAGUGUUGGCGAUUUGGUCAUAGUAAAAAGAUAUGUCCAAGUAAGAAAACAGUAUGUCCGAAAUGUGGUGACAAUCAUGACAAUUGUGAAGCUACAACUUUUAAAUGUAUUAAUUGUUCAGGCCAACAUUUAGCUUUGAGUAAAUUAUGUCCUGUCUAUAAAAAAGAAAAUAAAAUUAGAGAAAUUAUGUCAGAUUUUAAUGUCACGUAUAAGAAAGCCCUAACAAUGUAUGUGCCUCCCACUCCACCAGUGAAUAAAGUCAUUCAUCAUAAAAGUCCUCUACGAAAAUCCAAUCUGUCUCCUGCUAUUUCGACUGACUCCUUAGCGCCAAGAACCUAUGCUGAAUGUUUAAAAGUAGGUAAUCCCGAAUCAACAAAGCCGAGUAAUAUCUUUAGGAAAUCUACGAAAACCAAAAAUAAGAAAAGCUACAAUAGAGAAAAGGUUAAUGAUUUUAAGGAAAUUGAUAGCGAAUCGAGUACAGAACAUUAUCCUCAAGAAAAUGAAAAAAACAAAACAGAAGACGUAACCAAAUCAAAAAUAACAUGUUCUGAAUUAAUUGAAAGGAUUGCUGAUAUUAUUUUUAUUAAGAAGUAUUCGGGAAGAAAGAAGAUACAACAAAUUUUAACAUUAAUAUUUGAAUGGUUUGUAAUUAUGUUCGGAAGCAAAUUAUUGAGUUUAUCUUUUGUGAAGAACCUACUUUUUAGUAACACAGAUGGCUAG